AUGCAGCAGCAGCAGCAGCAGAUGCAGCAGCAGCAGCAGCAGCAGCAGCAGCAGCAGCAGCAGCAGCAGCAGCAGCAGAAGCAGCAGCAGCAGCAGAUGCAGCAGCAGCAGCAGCAGCAGAAGCAGCAGCAGCAGCAGAUGCAGCAGCAGAUGCAGCAGCAGCAGCAGCAGCAGCGGCAGCAGCAGAUGCCUCAGCAGCGCAUGCAGCAGCAGCCCAGCAGCAACAGGCAUGCGCUGUUUUGGCAACCAGUUUUGUUCUUGCCGACUUCCGCGCUGCGGAGCCCUCUCAUUGAGGCCUCCUUACUGCUACAGUUAGGCGGCAGCAGCAGCAGCAGCAGCAAGAGCAGCAGCACAGCCGCAGGCGAGCUGGUGGAAGCCACGCCUGCUCCAUGUUUUGGCUGUAGCUGCCGCAGGAAGCACCGGGGAUGUCAGCUGCUGCUCGCGGAAUUUCGGCGUUUGUACACCGCAGGAGGCUCUGCAGCAAGCUGCAGCAGCUGCAGCAGCAGCAGCUGCAGCAGCAGCCGUUGCUGCGUAAUUGCAGGGCGGGAGCGCCCCCAAAGUGGCGCAAGGGGCUGCAGCAAUGGGUGCGUGUGGGCGGACUUCUGGGGAGGCGAAGCAUCCUCAAGCGCACGGGCAGAAGCAGCAUAUCAGCAGGUUGAGGCAGCGCUCGCUGUGGCCCUUGUGCGGCAUGAGCUCCAGACCCUCUCCUGCCUCCGCUCGGCAGCAGCAGCAGCAGCAGCAGCAGCAGCACACAGCAGCAGCAAACUGGCGAAGCUAGGCCGUCUACUUGCAGAGGGUGCGCCUCUCUCCGGCUGGAACGCAGCUGUGACAAAUGGUGCACCUUUUUGCUCCGGCGCGGUCGCCUUAGAAAGACUGCUGCUGCACCUCUGGGGCGUGGUGGUACAGCAGCAGCAGCAAAUAGCAGCAGCCAGUGCUGCUGACCUAGGUGUGCGGCUGCUGCGGCAGCAGCACUGUCGCAAUCAGCUGCAUCAGCAGCAGCAAACUGCUGCGUCGUCCGACCCCCUCUCAAGGCUGCAGCAGAAGCAGCAAGCACAGCAGCAGCCGGUUGCUGCAGGGGCGGUUGCUUCAGCAGCAGCUGCUGCAGCGGCAGUGCGCCCACACAGUACAGUUCUUUCCAUGCACCCAGCAGCAGCAGCAGCAAGGGCUGCUGCUGCAGACGGUGUUCUCAAGUCCAUUCCAGAAGUGGCCAAUCAGCACAAAAUACGCGCAGAGCGCGACGUGUUUGGCCCAGCAGCAACGGAAGAUGCAGCAGCGACAGCAGCAGCUGCUGCAGCAGCAGCAGCUGCUGCUGCUGCUUCAGCUGGGGUGACGCUGGUUGGGGAAGCAGUGCAGCAGCAAAGAGGAGCCCAAAGAGUGGCGCCGGCCAUUAGGGCUGUAUGUACAGCUCCUUCUAUACGUUAUGUGCGUUCAGUACGCGCUGCUGCUGCUUCUGCUGCUGCUUCUGCUGCUGCUUCUGCUGCUGCAGCUCCCUUUGCAGUUGCCGAAAGCCGCCUCCAGCGAGCUGCUGUGUCGCCGUGGGGCGCAGCAGUUGCUGCAGCAGUGGCGCCUGCUGCUGCAGCAGAUAGUGCACGCCAGCUGGCUGCGGCAGAGGAGCAGUGA